AAUCGUCUCAUUAACUAUUGCAUCAACUUGUGAAAGAGGCAAAGAAACUGCUCACAGGACCCGGGAAAGCGGUUUCGCGCCACCCAGGAAAGCGGUUUCGCGCCACCUGCUGCAUGAGCCUCAAGCGUAGACGCAGCGAGGAUCCUCCAUUCCAGGAUGAACCAACAGAUCUCCUCAUCAUUACUGCAGAUAACGAGCAGCCUAUAGAGGCGCACUACAAGGGCUUAAGCUUGUUCAGCCGAGUCGUCGACGACCUGCCCCACGCCAGCAGCGGCAAUACCACCUGGGACCUCUCCAAGCUGGUGCUAGAGGGCCAGAGCAGCCCGGUGUCCUCGGCUGUGGUGCGGCAGUGGCUGGAUCUGGUUUACUCGAGCUUUGAUGACUCAAGGCAGCCCCCCAUGUUCCCGAGCCUGUCGGAGGCCGCGCGGUCGCUGCUGCUGUUCGCGGAUGCUGUGGGCACUCGGGGCGUGGUGCGAAAGGCGCUUGUCGAUGGACUCCUGGCGCAGCCCGGGCUGACGCUGCGCGUGGUGGUGAACGGCAAUGGCGGCGGCGGCGACGCAGGGGCCGCAGGCGGGGGCGGCGGGGCGGCGCCCCCGCUGCAGCUGGAGCUGGAGCUGGCGCUUCGCGGCAAGCUGUACUACAUCGGCAGCUCAUUGCAUAACGAAGUAAAUGCUGCUGACGUUCCAAGAUCAGACGCUGAACACGUGGUUGUUGCCGUUUCGGACCUCGAGCCGUUCAAGGUCGCCCUUCCCGGUGCCGUGGCGGCCGCGCUGGAGGGCUGGCUGUACCUGGCAGGGCGGCUGGGGAUGGUGGUGCUGGUGCGGCUGCUGCUCGACUUCUACAAGGCGCAGCUACUGCCGCCGAACAAACGGUCCCUUCUGCAAGGCGCUGUCACGAACAUUUUCAGCCGGCGCGUGCUGGAGUGCAUGCCGCACGAGCUGCUGGUGGAGGCCUUCGUGAGCAAGUGCCUGUGGGACCCGGAGGUGAGCCAGGUAGACGUGGCGGAGGACGUCACCAUCCCGCGCGUGGCCCUCACCACGCCACAUGUCGCCACAUGGUUUGAUGUUCAACCAGGUGGUGAAAUCCAGAAUGGCGAGCUGACGUCAAUGUCAUUUUCCUACGGCGGCUUUGACACCACUGCGCGGCUGUCGGUGGGCGGGCUCUCGCCACACGCGCAGCGAGCGGCGCUGGCAGAGGUGAUGCAGCAGCUGCAGGACUAGAGGCCAACUGGGUUUGGAGUUGGGUCGGAGCCAGUCAAUGUACCAGCAUUGCAAGUGAUGUGUUGCGGGUGGACUGUGUUUGUUUGUAAAGUUGUGUGAAGGAGCAGCGCAGGGAUGGGAGCAUGAAUGCAUGACGCAUGUGUUGACCGUCGCGUGUACCGCCGGCGUGGCGGGUCCAGGGUGUGACGUACGGGUAAUGGGCGAGCAACGCAACUGCCAAAACUCACUUCUCCUAGACUUGUGAUCCUGGUAUAGGGCUGAAGAUCUUAUGCGGUAUUGCACAGUACUGCGUUCCGCUAGGGGUUUUGAAAAGUCAGUUAAUGACAGGCGCGGUCGAUGUCAGGCAGGCGGCGUGGGAGCGUUGAAAGGGUUUCAGCAGUGGGUUGUCGGAGUUUGGUUAGUGUCCAGGCGCCGCUAAUGUCGCCAGAUGCCGCGGCCUGGUUUGGGAAGAGGCCUGGCACGCAGGUAUGUGCCGGUGAGGUGGUUGUCCGGGGCCAAUACGGCGCAGCUGGUCCUGGGCGGCCUGGCGCCGGCGGACCAGGACGAAGUGGCGGAGCGUGUGACGGGCACGACUGGCGGCAGCGGAGGACGAGUGACGGGGCACAUACGGUAUGCGGUGUGGAAGCCGGCUGGGUUACCGGGCUUGCAGAGACGCCCGUGCGGGUAUCUGGUUGGGAAGAGGGCUUGAGCCGCGGGCAGCCAGAAGGAGGGGGCGUAACGGAUGCCGCGAGGGGAUGCGGGGUGGUGCCAUCGUGUGUGCAGGGGCUGACGGCUUAGAGGCUGUGCGUCGGUAGCAGGCGUUAUGCUCAGCAGGUUAGCGAAUCAAGGCUUGAUUGAUAUGCGUGAGCAUAGCCCCCCGCUACUGGAAUUGGCUUUAGGUAGGAUGUCGAAUCGUCUCAUGCGGUGUUACGGCGGUUUGUCGAAGGAACGUGCUCUUGGAGCAUGUCCACGUACCCUGCAGAGCUGGAUUGAGUCUCGCUGGGUCCGAGGCUGCAAUUCAAUUGCUGUGCGGCUGCACGUGCGCGUGCGUGUGUGAAAGGGUGAGCCCGCGUAUCGGGGGUGCAAGGAAGACGUGCGAGGCGACUUGUGGAGUUGACUACUUGUGCGCCUGCCCUAACUAGCAGUUUUGUCACAAUGGCGGACAUUCUGUUCAACCCCAAGCUGUAUGCGUAGGUAGAAUGCGUUUUGGCAUGGGCAUGGUUGGUGGUGGACGGGUGCGAGUGGUUUGGAGCGGGGGAUUGGGAAUCCCCGAACCGCUUGGGGGCUUGCGUUGCCGCGGCGAUGCGGUGCUGUCUGUUUCUAUUGUGCAUACG